AUGGAAUCACUCCUGCUGCCGGUGCUGCUGCUGUUGGCAGUACUGUGGACCCAGGCGGCCGCCCUCAUUAACCUCAAGUACUCAGUAGAAGAGGAGCAGCGCGCUGGGACAGUGAUCGCUAACGUGGCCAAGGAUGCGCGAGAGGCGGGCUUCGCGCUAGACCCCCGCCAGGCUUCUGCCUUUCGCGUAGUGUCCAAUUCUGCUCCGCACCUGGUGGAUAUCAACCCCAGCUCCGGCCUGUUGGUCACGAAGCAAAAGAUCGACCGUGACCUACUGUGCCGCCAGAGCCCCAAGUGCAUCAUCUCGUUGGAGGUCAUGUCCAGCUCAAUGGAGAUCUGUGUGAUUAAGGUGGAGAUCAAGGACCUGAACGAUAACGCACCCAGUUUCCCGGCUGCGCAGAUAGAGCUAGAGAUCUCGGAAGCCGCCAGUCCUGGCACGCGCAUUCCAUUGGACAGCGCCUAUGAUCCAGACUCGGGCAGCUUUGGUGUGCAGACUUACGAGCUCACACCCAAUGAGCUGUUCGGCCUGGAGAUCAAGACUCGCGGCGACGGGUCACGCUUUGCUGAACUCGUGGUGGAGAAGAGCCUGGAUCGUGAGACACAGUCGCACUAUAGCUUUCGAAUCACUGCGCUGGACGGCGGCGACCCACCACAUCUAGGCACAGUUGGCCUCAGCAUCAAGGUGACAGACUCCAAUGAUAAUAACCCGGUGUUUGGCGAGUCCACCUACGCGGUGAGUGUCCCUGAGAACUCACCUCCCAACACACCCGUCAUUCGCCUCAAUGCCAGUGACCCAGACGAGGGCACCAACGGCCAAGUUGUCUAUUCCUUCUAUGGCUAUGUCAACGACCGCACAAGAGAACUCUUCCAAAUCGACCCACACAGCGGCUUGGUAACAGUCACGGGUGCCCUAGACUAUGAAGAGGGCCACGUGUAUGAACUGGACGUUCAAGCCAAGGACCUGGGACCCAAUUCUAUCCCAGCACACUGCAAGGUCACCGUCAGCGUGCUGGACACCAAUGACAAUCCACCGGUUAUCAACUUGUUGUCGGUCAAUAGCGAGCUUGUGGAGGUAAGCGAGAGCGCCCCCCCAGGCUACGUAAUCGCCCUGGUUCGAGUAUCUGAUCGCGAUUCCGGUCUCAAUGGACGUGUGCAGUGUCGUUUGCUGGGCAAUGUGCCCUUUCGGCUACAGGAGUAUGAGAGCUUCUCUACUAUCCUGGUGGAUGGAAGGCUGGACCGCGAGCAACACGACCAGUAUAAUCUUACAAUCCAAGCCCGAGACGGCGGUGUCCCCAUGCUGCAAAGUGCCAAAUCCUUUACUGUGCGCAUCACUGAUGAGAACGACAACCACCCCCACUUCUCUAAACCCUAUUAUCAGGUCAUUGUGCAGGAGAACAACACACCCGGCGCUUAUCUGCUCUCUGUGUCAGCCCGAGACCCCGACCUGGGGCUCAAUGGUAGUGUCUCCUAUCAGAUCGUGCCUUCUCAGGUACGGGACAUGCCUGUAUUCACCUAUGUCUCAAUCAACCCCAACUCUGGAGAUAUCUAUGCGCUGCGGUCUUUCAACCAUGAACAGACCAAGGCAUUCGAAUUUAAGGUGCUGGCAAAGGAUGGGGGCCUGCCCUCCUUACAGAGCAACGCCACAGUGCGGGUCAUCAUCCUGGACGUGAAUGACAAUACCCCGGUUAUCACGGCCCCGCCCCUAAUCAACGGCACUGCGGAGGUCUACAUUCCCCGAAACUCCGGCAUAGGCUACUUGGUGACCGUAGUUAAGGCAGAUGACUAUGAUGAGGGAGAAAAUGGCCGAGUCACCUACGACAUGACCGAGGGCGACCGCGGCUACUUUGAAAUAGACCAGGUCAACGGUGAAGUCAGAACCACCCGUACCUUCAGCGAAAGCUCCAAGGCUUCCUAUGAGCUUAUUGUGGUGGCACAUGACCACGGCAAGACAUCUCUUUCUGCCUCUGCGCUCGUCCUAAUCUACCUGUCCCCAGCUCUUGAUGCUCAGGAGUCAAUGGGUUCGGUAAACCUGUCCCUGAUCUUCAUUAUUGCUCUGGGCUCCAUCGCAGGCAUCCUUUUUGUCACCAUGAUCUUUGUUGCAAUCAAGUGCAAGCGAGACAACAAAGAGAUACGGACCUACAAUUGCAGUAAUUGUUUAACCAUCACUUGUCUCCUCGGCUGUUUUAUAAAAGGACAAAACAGCAAGUGUCUGCAUUGCAUCUCAGUUUCUCCCAUUAGCGAGCAGCAAGACAAAAAGGCAGAGGAGAAAGUGAGCCUUAGGGGAAAGAGAAUUGCUGAGUACUCCUAUGGGCAUCAAAAGAAAUCAAGCAAGAAGAAAAAAAUCAGCAAGAAUGACAUCCGUCUGGUACCCAGGGAUGUGGAGGAGACAGACAAGAUGAAUGUUGUCAGUUGCUCCUCCCUGACCUCCUCUCUCAACUAUUUCGACUACCACCAACAAACACUGCCCCUAGGCUGCCGCCGCUCUGAGAGCACUUUCCUGAACGUGGAGAACCAGAAUACUCGAAAUACCAGUGCCAACCACAUCUACCAUCACUCUUUCAAUAGCCAGGGUCCCCAGCAGCCAGAUCUGAUCAUCAAUGGUGUGCCCCUGCCUGAGACUGAAAACUAUUCUUUUGACUCCAACUAUGUGAAUAGCCGAGCUCAUUUAAUCAAAAGCAGCUCUACCUUCAAGGACCUAGAGGGUAACAGUCUGAAGGAUAGUGGACAUGAGGAGAGUGACCAGACUGACAGUGAGCAUGAUGUCCAGAGGAGCCUGUACUGUGAUACUGCUGUCAAUGAUGUGCUGAAUACCAGUGUGACCUCGAUGGGAUCUCAGAUGCCAGACCAUGAUCAGAAUGAAGGCUUUCAUUGCAGGGAAGAAUGCCGGAUACUUGGCCACUCUGACAGAUGUUGGAUGCCCCGGAAUCCCAUGCCCACCCGCUCCAAGUCCCCUGAGCAUGUGAGGAACAUCAUCGCCCUGUCCAUUGAAGCUACUGCUGCUGAUGUCGAGGCUUAUGACGACUGCGGCCCUACCAAGAGGACUUUUGCAACCUUUGGGAAGGAUGUCAAUGAUCACCCGGCUGAAGAGAGGCCCACCCUAAAAGGCAAGAGGACUGUUGAUGUGACCAUCUGUAGCCCAAAGGUCAAUGGCGCUAUCCGGGAGGCGGGCAAUGGCUGUGAGGCUAUUAGCCCAGUCACCUCCCCCCUCCACCUCAAGAGCCCACUGCCCACCAAGCCUUCCAUGUCUUACACCUUAGCUCUGGCUCCCCAGGCCCGUGAUCUGGAGCAGUAUGUCAACAAUGUCAACAAUGGUCCUUCCCGUCCUUCUGAAGCUGAGCCCCGUGGAGCUGACAGCGAGAAAGCAAUGCAAGAGAUCAAUCCUGUUCUGAAGGAGGGUCGCGACAAAGAGUCCCCUGGCGUGAAGCGUCUGAAGGAUAUCGUCCUAUAAUCAGGCUCUGGGAAGGAAAAGAAACCACGUUGGCUAGAGGAGCUGCUGGAGCUGCUUAUUUUAAUUGCUCACCAAUGGUUGGUUCUUGGGUGGCUGUAUUUCAGAGCUUUCCUAAAUGUAUUGUUUAUAAAUGACUAUCAUUCUGUGACAAUCCCUCUCGUUUCAACAGGCAGCAGGGGUGUUCAGUUGGAGCAAAUUAGCUUUGGCUUGAGUUGUUCAUGGGGCCUUGAUGUUGGGGAAACAGAGACAAAUUCAGUUGUGAAAAGUAUUAUGUAUUAAGUGUUUGAAUUUAUAUAUUUUUCUAUGUCAAAAUUAUAAUAUAAAUUACCAUUGUUUGUGGAAGAUUACAUUUUAAAAAAGCAAAAA